CCACUCAAAGAAAAGGUUUCCCUAGGGCCUUAUAAUGAAUAUCAGUUAACUAGGCGUGACCAACGCUGAGGCCAUCAAAUAAAAUGCCCCCGUGGUAGAUAUUAAAAUGUUAUGGGUGUGCCCAUCUAUUAAAAUACCGAGCUGAGAUUGAGGUUAAGCAGAUGAACUUGAUAUAUGAAGUUUGAAGACGACCCAUUGAAAAAUGUAUCCACCAUCAACGCAGAAUCCCACAAUGGAUUUUCAAGGUGCAUAUUCCAACCAGAUCCCAAUGGCAAGGAAUCCCAUCCAUGCAGCACCCCCGGCUAAUGUUAGCCAGACCUUCCCGGAGCCUCAGACGGUUGUGAUUAACACCCAAUCGAUUGCUGUGAUGCCAACUCAGCCUGUCUGCAAGGAUUAUAUGGGGUGCUCCAUCGCCAACCUUUUAUGCUGCUGCUUUCCCAUUGGUAUUGCUGCCCUCAUCUUCUCUAUCAAGACCCGGGACGAUAUAAGUCGAGGCGACAUGAUCACCGCCGCAAGUGAUUCCCGUACGGCAUUUACCCUGAACAUGGUGGCCCUGGGGCUGGGGCUUGUUGCAAACCUGGUGUGGAUCAGUUAUACCAUUUAUGCCCUCGAUAUGUACGGUUCCCCCGAUUCUUCUACACCCGGUUCCUCUACACCUUACGAAUACUAUGGUUAAUAGAAACCCCAUCAGAUGAGUUCCAGGACACAACUUUUUGUCGAUUACUGACCAGGGGUGGGCGCGGUAUUGUCCUCUGGGAGUUGUAGGUCAAUAACGGUUACGUGACGGUAGGGUAGAAAUUCCAUGAGGCCCGGGAACCAGUAGAUGUUCUUUCUAGAGCAAGACUAAUGGUUUCCUUUGGGGCAGAAUUCUGAGGCAAAAUUAUCAAUAAAUGAUGCAAACUGAA